AUGAUUCAGUUGGAGGUCUGCAUACCGGUAGAGGUGGAAGGCAAAUAUGGAGAGUUCUACCCGUACGGUGUCAUCAAUGGGUUGAAAUCCUUAGAAGAACUUAAUGUGACACUAUUAGAUUCUUCCCACUCGAAAGCCCUUGUGGAAUUCACUCUCCCUCCUUCCUCGUUGCGUCUCCCUCCAAAGGAUCCAGGAACAGUUCUAGAACCAGUCCAAGGACUAGAGGUUGAUGUGUUAAUCAGCUCAUCUCCUGGCGAGCCACCUGUAGACCAUGAGCUAUCAAGUGAUCCGAUUGCUUCUAAACUUUCUGCCUGGUGGCCUGCUGUUGUAAGGAAAAUUGGUGGGAGUUUUGUUAUUGUGGAGUUAAUGGCUGACUUCUCUUCUGAGAAUGCUGGUUCAAACGAAGUAACUGUCCUUCCCAACAAACGCAUUAGUGUCCCCCACCCUUCAUCACUUGAAAAAACGGAUAUUGUUGAAAAGCACCAAUUGAGACCACGGAUUCAUCAUCCCAAUCUUAGUGUCUCGUCCUUUCACAUCCAUGCUAUAGAUAUACCGGACGAGUUAGCUCCAUAUUGCAGAGAGCCUGCCAAUUACCAUCACUUUGCGCGACGAUGUGGUUUGCCUGUCCUGAUCACUUUGGCGCCCGACACAUUUAAACCCGUUUCCCCUGUUAUUAAGGGGGACAGUGAGACGUACAACCUAAAGUCCCGUUUGCUUGUAAUUUCUACAGAUAUCUCCACAAUCAACAGGGCAUCUGUCAUCGACAACACGUUCGUUGACAUGCUGCGACAAAAAGUCUCCAUUUUGCAACAAACUGAAGAACUAUCCAAAAAGUUGGUGGCGUCACGCCUUAAUCAGCAAUCACCAUUCGUUGAAGAAUUCCUCAUACCUCUGGAUUUAAUCCAUUAUGCAAUUGGCGCUCAAGGGUCAAAUAUUAGACGCGCUAGUGCUAUUGAAGGUGUACUUUCUGUCAAGUUAGAUCGCCAGACUGGUAAUAUCAGGAUUUCUGGGAAGACUCAAGAUGCUGUUAGAAACGCAAAGAAGUUAUUGGACUUCUCUCAAGACAUCUUUCAGAUACCUAAAUCAUAUGUAGGUCCUAUCUUGGGAUCAGGUCGUCGACACGUUCAACAUAUCGUGGAUCGAGUGGGACUUGUUGGAAUCAAGAUUUCUAAAUCACCUGAAGACGAUCGUGAGCACGUUUCAUUCCAGUUAACGGGAACUCAGCAAGCCAUACGUGAUACACAGUUAUUUUUGGAGUUUCAAGUCGCAAGCUUACAGGAGUUAGAUCGGCUUCGUGGUGUUGAGAAUCCACCGUCUAUAUUAAAACCCAAGGAUGCGACCAUCCCACUUAAAGAUAUUUCGAGCAAUGAUGAGUCUUCAGAUCCUCUCACACAUUCUGAAAAUGGUCAUCGUAUGUCAAACGGUGACAAUCAAAGUUCAAAAUGCAGUGAAUCUAACUAUGCUGUACAUUCAAAUAGUUGCUCAAAUAAGGAGGAUCCGGAGAAACAAGAAACUACUUAUAACAACAUUACAAAUUCACGUCCACAUCCUGGUGGACGUCAGCCCAAGCCGAGACCUCAAGUCAAUCACAUAAGACCAGAGUCUCGUCAAAUUCCUCGCAUUCAACGAGGCGGUGGUGAAAGUAUUCGCAAUAGUGGAAGUAAUCAUACAGGUGUUUCUAAGUCUUCGGCCAACCAUGUUAACUCCAAAAACCCUAAUCAGCAAAGAAAUCAACCGAAUCAUCGUUCGGAUUCCAUGGGACCUAGAGGACAAAAUAUGUGUGCCCCAAUUGUUAGCUGA